AUGCCGGCAAAGAAUAUGUUUGGGAUUGUAGGACUUGAAUACCAACUUCCUUCUCUCUACAUCGACCAGGAGGAGGUUGCUAAUAACAUUGACUUCGAAGUUGACAAAAUCAAAAUAGGGCUAGGAUUGGAACAGAUGGGGGUUCCAUCUAGAAGGGAAGAUUCCAUUUCUCUUGCUCUGAAUGCAGUGAGUAAACUCAUGAAAAAGUAUAAACUGAGUCCCCAAAGCGUUGGGAGACUUGAAGUCGGAACCGAAAGCAAUCCGGAUGGAUCCAAGUCCAUCAAGUCGUACCUUACAGACCUAUUCCCGGGAAACACAUCGAUAUGCGGUUGUGAUAGUGUACAUGCCUGCUACAGUGCAACAAAUGCACUAUUAAAUGCAGUUUCAUGGAUGGAAUCAUCCUUAUGGGAUGGAAGGCUUGCAAUAGUUGUUGCUACCGAUGUAGCCAUGUAUAAAGAUAAACGUUGCCAGCCUACAGGAGGGGCAGGGGCAGUUGCAAUCCUGGUGGGGCCAAAUAGCAUCUACAGAAUCGUUCCAUCAAGCAUCAUUCACUACUUUACAAACCAAUUUGACUUUAUGAAGCCUAGGAAGACGCAUCCAUUUCCAGUUGUUAAGGGAAAGGAAUCAAUAGAGAACUAUAGGACUGCAUUUGAGGUGUGCUAUGGGAAGUUUAGGGAGAAGAUGGGGGAUGAAACCUUUGAUUAUAUUGUACUCCACUCUCCAUACACAAGACUCCCUGAAAAGAUGUGUGUUGCAAACCACAUAGAUAGAAAGAAGUUUCUAAAAUCCUUGGAAGCAUCCAGAAAGAACGGAAACGCAUAUUCGGCUUCUUUGUAUCUUUCGUUAAUCUCUUUGCUUGACGGACACGAUGGAAAGAUUGGGGAGAAGAUUUUAAUGUUCUCCUAUGGAUCUGGAACAUGCAGCUCGAUGUUUUGCUUGGAAAGAAUCUCCCAGGGAUGUAUUGUCACGGGAUUUGAAAAAAGAUUAUUAGAAAGAAGAAAAAUAUUGUACCCGGAGUUUGUGAAACUUGUUGAGGAGCCGGUGCCACAAGACAACUAUGAGCCCCGGGAAGGAGUAUCAUUGCCCGGAUACUAUUUGAAGAGAAUUUCCUCGUUUGAGAGACAUUAUGAAUGUUUGAUGGAAUAA